CCUAGGCCCUGGGCCUGGGGCGGCAGCUGCAGGAGCCAGCGGGCACGCAAGGGCGAGGCGGCCGGGCAGACGCCAUGUCCAUGGAGGACCCCUUCUUUGUAGUGAAAGGGGAGGUCCAGAAAGCAGUGAACACUGCCCAGGGAUUGUUUCAGAGAUGGACAGAGCUCCUCCAGGACCCUUCCACAGCAACAAGAGAGGAAAUCGACUGGACCACCAACGAGCUGAGGAACAACCUGCGCAGCAUUGAGUGGGAUUUGGAAGACCUUGACGAAACCAUCAGCAUAGUUGAAGCAAAUCCUAGAAAAUUCAACCUCGAUGCCACUGAACUGAGUAUAAGAAAAGCCUUCAUUACAAGCACGCGGCAAGUCGUCAGGGACAUGAAGGAUCAGAUGUCAUCCUCAUCUGUGCAGGCGUUAUCUGAGAGAAGAAACAGACAGGCACUGCUAGGAGACAGUGGCAGCCAGAGUUGGAGCAGCAGAACCCCAGAUAAGUACGGGCGCCUGGACCGUGAGUUCCAGCUGGCCAACUCCCAUUUCAUCGAGGAACAGCAAGCACAGCAGCAGCUGAUCGUGGAGCAGCAGGAUGAGCAGUUGGAGCUGGUCUCUGGCAGCAUUGGGGUGCUGAAGAGCAUGUCGCAGCGCAUCGGUGGGGAGCUGGAGGAGCAGGCAGUCAUGUUAGACAGUUUCUCACAUGAGCUGGAGAGCACUCAGUCUCGUCUGGACAAUGUGAUGAAGAAGCUUGCCAAGGUGUCUCACAUGACCAGCGAUCGGCGCCAGUGGUGUGCCAUUGCUGUGCUCUUUGCAAUCCUGUUGGUUGUGCUGGUCCUCUUCCUCGUGCUGUGACUGAGGCCUCAGCCAGGAGCCCUUGCUGCAUGUGACCGGCAGGGAGUGGGAGAAGCCAGCCCACCAACUGUCCUCCUUCCCUUCCUGGACACACCUGUGCACACAUGCCUUUGUCCAGCCUCCCCAUGUGACCUCAAAGCUCAGCUCCUCCUGGACAUGUUUGCCCAGCCUCAUCAUGUGACUCCACAAUUCAGCUCCUCCUGGACAUACCUCUACCCAGCCUCACCAUGUAACUCCACAGCUCAACUUCUCAUGGACACACCUCUACCCAGCCUCCCUAUGGACACGCGUCUACCCAGCCUCCCGUGUGACCUCACAGUCAGCUCCCCUGGACACGCCUCUGCCCUGACUCCUUGUGUGGCUGUGAUGCAGAUGGCUCCUCCAUCAUAGUGCCAGGGGAAAGAGGAGUGAGGAGACGGCACCCUAAAUGGUGGAGCCCCAUGCCUGCACUGCUCUGAGGACAACAGCCACUGCCUAACCUUGCCUGACCUGGCUCCUGAGGAGGCUCCGAGUAGGCCUGUCCCGUGCUGUCUUCUCUGCAGCUGCUCUUGGCUCCCACUGUUCCUGCUCCAGAGAACCUGCGGGUACUUCAGGCCACUUGCUGUGCUUUGUCUCCACUGCUACAGCUUCCUUAGCCUAUGUGUAAAAGGCCCAGAGAGGUCACUUUCCAGGGAUCAGUACGGAGAUGAACUGUUUUAGGUGCAUUUCUUGUGGUGGGAUUAAUGAGUGGAAAAUAAUGAAGCACUCCAAGUUUGGGGUUCUGAAGACGUGAGUUCUGGUUGAUGGGACCUCCCUGGAUGCAGGUUGGGGAGAGCUGGCGAUGUCAUUGGAUGUGAGGGCUAGUGUCUCAGUGACCACCAGGAUGUCCAGGGCCUGGCCAGGUAGGAAGCAGAGUCCUCUUGGUCCCCCGCGUGGUGGGAGUGAAGCUGUGUCUGUGUAUAUUGCCUUGAUUUACAGAGGGUGAAGAUGAAAAGUGUGGUUUGGGACCAGACCUAGGCUGCAUGUGACAGUGAGACUGGGGAGGUGGACUGGGCUUGCUUUUUCUCUAGAUGACAGCUGGAUUUUACGCAUUCAGACUACUGAGCCAGCCCAGACCUAGGUUGAAACUGCGGGGACACAAAGCUUUGGCCUCUGACUUUUUGGAUGCACUCAAGUAGGAGAUAUUUUUGUAGCUUCCUUCACAUUGAGUGGCAGCUCGGCUGGAGCCAGAGCUCAGCUCUGGAGGCUGCUGGUCUUGCUUCCCCAGCGUCUGGAUAGAGUUCUUGUCUCAUCUUGUCUUUCUGGGUGCCCUCCCUCACACACUAACUUUGUUCUUUUUUCUUUUUCUCAUUUUGUUUGUAUUUCUCGUGGCGUUGUUUUGGGACCUUCUUUUCCCUUUUAUAUGAUUUGCUAUCAUGUGCUCGCCCAGCUAACUUUUGAAUCGCACUUUUAAAUAAACAUUGUGACAAUUUUGUAAGAAGG